AAUAUAAAAUGUAUUAGUGAAAAACAAAAAAAAUAAAAGUGAAAUAAAGAGAUGAGAUAGAUUUCUUAUCAGUUUUUAUAACUUUCGUUACAGAUUCAAAAAUAACACACGGCCUACAAACAAAAUACAAUAACAAUUAUAUUUAAUUAACAAAUCAGCGAAAAAAAUGUAAACAAAGACAGGCAGACAACUACAGCCAAUCUACUACCCUCACGAGAUUUUGUUAAUAUGCCUGCUGAACAUUUAACUGCUAUUAUAAUAGACUGAAUUCAGUACAUUAAUAAACGUUAUACAAUAAAGAUUGAAAAAUUAAUCACUGCCUGUGCUGCGGGAUAAACGAACACGAUAUGAAUUUAACACAAAAUUUUGAACUAGUAUGGCCGAAAUUGAAUAGUUUCAAUGAGACUACAACGCUGCAGGAUGGCAAGGGAGAAAUGGAAAAAGUAUUGGCUAUGGUUGUCUUGGGAUUAGGCAGUUUUAUAUCAGGUAUUUUGCCAGCCUUUAUAUCUGAACGUAAUCGCCGAAGAUUUCCCUUGACCACUUCGCUCAUGUUGUGUUUUGGUGCGGGUAUAUUGUUGGCGACGGCGUUAAUUCAUAUAUUGCCAGAGGUUCGCAAACAAAUGAAUUCAAAUUGGGCUGAAAUUUCUCUAUGCGCUGGUUUCUUUGCUAUAUACUUUGUCGAUGAAUUUAUACACUAUUUCUUUGGCGAAGCUAUACAACAUUCUCAUGGACACGAUGAACCCCACAGUCAUAAUACAACACCACAAAAUACCACAUUAUCAAAUAAUCAUCGUCAUAAUUACGGUUCUUUACAUAAUUCUGAGUCAGCACCUUUAUUGAGUGCACAAAAUACAGAGGCGAACGGGGGAACCCAACAACAUAAUAAUCACGCUCAUCUGCAUGAACAUGGCAAUGGCAAUAAUCACAGUCAUGAGGAAAAUCAUCAUGAACAUGUUCAUUGUAAUGAUGAAAUAGUGGAAGAUGCUAAUGCCCGCAUUUGUCAUACUAGCCAUACAGAACCCUGUUCACAAUCAAUGACGGGAACAUUGGGGUUAUUUGUUGCUUUGUCACUGCAUUCAGCGAUUGAGGGUUUAGCUAUAGGCGUGCAAGAUUCUUCAACAAAGGUCUUGUUCCUUUUGGGAGCUGUUGCCUGUCAUAAAUUUGUUAUGGGUUUCUGUUUAGGUUUGGAAUUCCGUUCAAAUCCUCAAACUCCAAUGAAAUCACAAAUAAUCGGCAUAUCGGUUUUUGCUAUGGGUGCUAUAUGCGGUAUUGGUUUAGGCAUGAUCAUAGUUGAUGUUCCCAGUUCCUGGUCAACGACAGCACUACCCGUCAUACAAGGUUUAGCAGGAGGAACUCUGCUGUAUGUAACAGUGUGCGAAGUGAUACCACGAGAAAAAGCGAGAUGGCAUUUGAAUUCUGAAAGGCGUUUAGCUGGUUUUGCGCAGUUCCUGGUAGUGGCUAUAGGUUUUUCUGCCAUGUGCAUAAUAAAUUUUUAUUUAGAUGAUGAUGCUUGAUGAAUGUUCCUAAACGCUGUAAUAAUUUAGGAUUAUUAGGUUAAUAUAUAGGAAAAUUUGUUAUUUGUUUUAAAAGAAAAAGGAGUAACUAAUAAAUUCUCAUAUUAUUUUUAUAUAAAAUAAAAACUAACAA